AUGACUGGAAAGGCUUUAAUUGGCCACCAGGUCAAGGACUACAGGAUGGCAGAAGCUGCGAAAGUAACCCUACCACGGGACCUGUUGGAGGCUCAACUCUCGAUGGUGGAGCUGAUUAGAGCCAUGUACCCACCGUCACCAGGGACGCCAGAUACAACAGCAGACGAGAUGAUUGAGAAAGUACGGUCAUGGUGCGAGUCUUCGGACCCGUCCGGCGGAAGUGGCAACCUUCCUUCAAGCUUCAGCUUCGAUAUGACCAUUCCGCUGAACGUCGAAGACUCCGAGACGCUGUCUCCUGAGAUACAAAUCGCCAUCGCUGUGCCUUUGGCAUCAGCAGACCCCGAUAUAAUUGAGCCUCCACCGCUUGCAUACUCAGUCCGCCAACCCGUCUGGAUGUCCCGAGCCAACUUGGCGGAGCUGGUCAGCGGCAUGCCUGCGGACGAUGUCCUAGCGGUGUUUGACUAUAUCCAGGAGCAUGCCCCCAAGUACCUGCGCAACGCAGCCCAGUCACGGGAGGAAUCCUCCCAGCCAUUAAAAGACGCUGGGCCCCUGAUACGGGUGUGGUUUUAUUUCCCGUCUCUAUCGACGAGAGAGAAGCGCAAAGACCUAGUCUCGUACGCAGCUACAUACAGCCUGACGGGGUUCGUCUUGGCAGGCAAGCCGGGCGUGUUGUGUCUGGAGGGCAGUUCCAGGGAUGUCGACGGCUAUAUGAAUGCGAUCAAGAACGAGAGCUGGGGCGACAUCCCCAGCCACCAGAAGAAGGUCAGCGAGAGGUUCCGCGAGGAGUGUGGGCCAGAGGGGAGGAAGUUCACGGGCAUGAGCGAGAUCACGGAUGACCUGGGCGAGAGGCGCGGCACGAGGAAGAACAGGGGUGACAUGGCGGCUCUCGAGGCGUGGCUGAAGGAGAAGGGGGUCGGAGACUCUUUCUCCAAGGUUGUGAUGGGGUCGUGA